GAGUUUUUCCGUCUUAUUUCUCCAAGUCAAUAUUAAAAUCGACACUCUAACCAGUCGCUCCUCAGUCAAAAUGCCGUCGUACGUUAUUACAGGAGCCUCAAGGGGGCUUGGGUGGGAAUUCCUGCGUCAGCUAUCCAGUGACUCCAACAACAUUGUCAUUGGAAUGGUUCGAAACAAACAUGCUACCGACACAAGGGUGUCAGAAGAAUUGCAAGCACGGAGCAACAUACACAUAUUGCAGGCAGAUAUCAGCGACUAUGGCGCUAUGCAGAAUGCCGCCGAAGAGACUGCCCAUAUUACUGGCGGGGGACUCGACUACCUUAUCGCGAAUGCAGGCAUGGUAGCAGGAUUCGACGCCUUUGAUCCUAUUGGCAUUCUAGGCAAACAACCAGAAGCGCUUGAACACAACUUGAUGCAAGCUUUCAAAAUUAACGUGGUCUCCAACAUCCACCUCUUCAAUUUAUUCACGCCUCUCAUCCUCAAAGGAGAAGCCAAAAAAGUCAUAGCUAUCUCAAGUGGUCACGCAGAUCUGAAUAUUACUGCAAAAUUCAAUAUCGAUGUGUCUGCCGUCUAUGCCAUUACAAAGGCCAGUCUAAAUAUCGCCGUGGCCAAGUUCAGCGCGCAGUAUGCAAAAGAUGGUGUUCUAUUCAUGAGCAUUUGUCCUGGAGUGGUCGACACAGGCCGUUAUGCUAGUGCAACCGAGGAACAGCUAAAAGCAGUGUCGAGGAUGACGAAAUCGUUCAAAGAGUAUGCACCUCAUUUUAAGGGCCCAGCUUCCCCGGAAUCUUCUGUUAGAGACGUGCUUUCCGUCAUAAAUAAUUCAAGCGUUGAAAAUGGAGACGGUGGCUCUUUUGUUUCACACAAGGGAAAUCAACAGUGGCUUUAAGCAUUAGCGUGGAAUAACGUGUUAGGUUCUAAGAUUUGAAGAGUUGAGAAGUACCUAGCUAAAUCAAUUGAUGGCAUGGAUCUAUAUACCCUCUGAUAAGUUGCCUCCCUGUAGUCUGACAAAAGUUGACUCCCUGGUUUUGAUCCACUGAUAGAAACAGAAACUUU